CACCUUCCGCGGUCGUGGCCUCGUUCUUCAUCGCCUCCGCCAUUUUCCCUAAACCUAAGCGGCCGAUUCCAUCGGCGUAACGGGACGCUGAUACUCUUACUGGCGCUCGCGCGCGCGCGAGAGAGGGAGAGAGCGAGUGAGAGAAAGAGAGAGAUGACCCAUUUCCCACCAUCGGCGUGUCAGGCAUCAUUGAGGUGGGAAAUGGAGGCAGAGGAGAUCGAGGCCAUCCUUGAGAAGAUUUGGGAUCUCCACGAUAAGAUCAGCGACGCCAUUCACUCAGUCUCGAAAGCUCACUUUCUCAGCUCCACGAAGCCUCAAGAGAAGCCCUCCAAGGAUCAGGGAGGAUUCGUGUUCAUGAAGGAAUGCCGCUCCGAUAAGGACGAGUUAUCCGAGGCAAGAAGCCUCAACGCCAUAAGAACCGCGCUGGAGAAUCUUGAAGACCACCUCGAGUUUUACCAUACCGUGCAAUCUCAACAACGUGCUGAGAGAGACGCUGCAAUAGCACAACUUGAGCAAAGUCGUCUUAUUUUGGCAAUGAAGCUUGCAGAUUACCAUGGCAAGAAGUACUCAGUCAUUGAAGAAGCCUUAGCAUUUGUUGGCAGUGUCGAUGAAAAUUUCGUUGCCCCAGAAGACUUAACAAGAAGUCAGAUGAGCAAGAACAUAGAAGUCCUUGGGUCAAAGGGGUCUAAUUUUCUCAUGCAAAUUUUUGCUUCGAGUUUUAAUUUGGUUAGAAGGUCACUAAAGCUUGAGACAGUUGCUGGGUUAAUUGGCAAUGCAGCUUUAAUUGCUGCUAGCAUGAUUGCUGUGUUACAGUUGCAGCAACUGACGGUCAAGGGUGGGUAUCUGCUUGAUGCUUCACGGAUUGAAGAAGAUGCUCAUCUGGGUAGCACGGUUACACAGAGGAAGGUGCUUCCUCGUGAAUAUCGGGUCACAAAAUUAGAUGUAUUGUUAGCCAGAGGAUGAUGAAUUUUUACUGAAGAAUUUCUGUA